AUGAGAUAUGCAAUGCUGUACAUUUCUCUUGUAAUACUGCUUUUUUCUUGUCAAAAGUGUGCAGUUCGUGCAGCCACAGAAGGCAGAAUCCUUGUGCUGGAAGGUUUGGAGAAAGCCGAGCGCAACGUCUUGCCCGUGUUGAACAAUUUGCUGGAGAACAGGGAAAUGCAGCUGGAAGAUGGUCGUUUUCUCAUGUCUGCAGAACGUUACGACAAACUUUUGCAGGAUCAUACAAAAACAGAGCUGGAUGCAUGGAAGAUUGUUCGGGUUAGUGAAGAUUUUCGAGUAAUAGCUUUGGGUCUGCCAGUACCUAAAUAUUCUGGUAACCCUUUGGAUCCUCCCCUUCGCUCUAGAUUUCAAGCUAGAGAUGUUUAUCAUCUGCCCUUUAAGGACCAUCUUCAGCUAUUAUAUUCAAUUGGAUCAAACAUUUCUACAGAGAGAGUUUCUCAGCUCCUGUCUUUUGCUACAACUCUCUGCUCUCAAGAAUCUUCUACGCUGGGACUUCCAGAUUUUCCUCUAGACAGCCUAUCGGCUGCGGUUCAGAUUUUGGAUGCUUUUCCUAUGAUGUCAGUCCAGCAUAUUAUUGACCGGCUUUACCCCUAUAAUAUUUUUCUUGGAAAGGAAGGCAGGACUGCAGUCAAAGAUACAUUAAAACGUUUUGAGCUACAGGAUUCAAAAAGCCAUUUGGUUCCCGGAAGGAUUACCAAAGUAGAAAGUGUUCUUGGAAAUAAAACCUUCAAGGCUGAUGUAGCUGUCCAGAUUGGUGAUAAAGAAGUGUUUUUCCAGGUUCCUGUUGGGACUGGACCAUUAAAGCUUUCUGGAUCAGAUUCUUUCAUAAGGACUCCCAGUCAUGAUCAGCUGUUGGCAGAAAUGAUGCAAUCCCAUAUGGUUAAAGAUAUGUGUUUAAUUGGAGGAAAAGGCUGUGGCAAAACAGUUAUUGCUAAGGAGUUUGCUGAUAUACUGGGAUACAGCGUAGAACCUAUCAUGCUGUAUCAAGACAUGACAGCUAGAGAUUUGCUGCAGCAAAGAUACACCCUUCCUAACGGAGACACCGCGUGGAGACCAUCGCCACUUGUUACGGCUGCCCUGGAAGGAAGGCUGGUCAUUCUGGAUGGCAUUCAUCGAAUUAACCCUGGCACUCUGGCUGUGCUGCAAAGGCUAAUUCAUGACAGAGAACUGACUCUCUAUGAUGGCACCAGAUUGUUAAGGGAAGAUAGAUAUGAAAACUUAAAAGAAGAAUUGCAGGUCUCUGAUGAGAAACUACGGGAAAGGUCUAUCUUCCCUAUCCACCCCUCGUUCAGAAUAGUUGUCCUAGCAGAACCUCCCGUCAUUGGAAGUAGCACCCAGCAAUGGUUGGGUCCAGAGUUCCUGACGCUCUUUCUCUUUCAUAAUGUUAAACCUUUAAGCAAGAAGGAAGAAAUUCAAAUUAUUAAAGAAAUGAUUCCAAAUGUGCCCAGGGUUGCUGUGGAACAGUUGUUGUCAUUAACACACAAGCUUCGGGAGACAAAUGACGCCACAGCACAAUCACUGGCUUCAUCUUUAUCUACUCGACAACUGUUGCGAAUUUGUCGUCGACUGUCGCACCAUCCAGAUGAAAGUCUUCACUACGCUGUUAACAAAGCCUGCCUUUCCAGGUUUUUACCCAACCUUGCCAGGUCAGCUUUACAGAAAAAUCUGGUGGAUUCUGGUAUUGAGACCAGUGCAGAUGAUACAAGGACACUAGAGGAGAAGGAUUAUACCUGUGAAAUAAGCAAUGGGAUUCUGAAGAUAGGGGCUGUAACUAUGCCAAUUUAUAACCCAGCUGAGAAAAUGAAAGUGCCUGAUGUGUUGUUUUAUGAAAACACUCAGCACAUGAUGGUAAUGGAGGAUAUGCUUAAAGACUUCCUGCUUGGAGAACAUCUUCUUCUGGUUGGCAAUCAGGGUGUUGGGAAAAACAAGAUCGUUGACAGAUUCCUUCACCUCUUAAACAGACCCAGGGAGUAUUUACAGUUGCAUAGAGAUACCACUGUGCAAAGCCUUACUCUACAACCUUCUGUUAAAGAUGGACAUAUUAUAUAUGAAGAUUCACCACUGGUAAAAGCAGUGAAGUUUGGACAUAUUUUGGUAAUUGAUGAGGCAGACAAAGCACCAACAAAUGUCACCUGUGUCUUGAAAACUUUAGUAGAAAGUGGGGAAAUGGUUUUGUCAGAUGGAAGGAGAGUCGUUGCCAAUCAUGCUAAUAUACUGGGGAGAGAAAAUGUAAUAGUAAUUCAUCCUGAUUUUAGAAUGAUAGUACUAGCAAACAGACCUGGAUUUCCUUUCUUAGGGAAUGACUUUUUUGGCACUCUAGGGGACAUUUUUAGUUGCCAUGCUGUUGAUAAUCCCAAACCACAGUCCGAAUUGGCUAUGCUUAGGCAAUAUGGACCUGAUGUGCCAGAGCCAGUUCUUCAAAAAUUGGUAGCUGCUUUUGGGGAACUCAGGAGUUUGGCUGAUCAAGGAAUCAUUGCCUAUCCCUAUUCAACUAGAGAAGUUGUGAAUAUUGUAAAACAUUUACAGAAAUUUCCAGCUGAAGGAUUGGCAAACGUUGUUCGAAACGUGUUUGAUUUCGAUUCGUACAACAAAGAAAUGCGUGAAAUUUUAAUCAGCACUUUGCACAAACAUGGGAUCCCUAUCGGAGCAAAACCGACGAAUGUACAGCUGGCCAAGGAACUGCCGUUACCAGAACAUAAAUUUAUGGGCUACUGGAAAAUUGAGGACACGGGAAGUGCACGACAGAAAUUGCUGUGUCCAACAGAAACUCAAAGAAUAGAUAUAAAGGGACCUGUUCACUUAAAUAUUCAAGGAUUUCCCAUUGAGCGACAGGAAGCCCGGGCCCUCAGCUUCUCAGAAGAGCUUGCCUUUUGGACGCUGCCUUUGAACGAGGUUAACUUCGUUUGUGAUGUUGCUGUAACAAAAGAAGAUGAAGCUGAGAAUGUCCUUUACGUUGCUACAUGCAAUCCUGUUUCCUUGUACUUUAUGAAUGUUUCUAGUAAGAGUGGAUACUUCGUGGAUCUUUAUGACCUCUUCCCCAGAACAGUUGGAAAUGUCUGGCAGCCUUUUGUGACUGUGGCGCCCCUGGGAAAUCCACUCAAAGGGCAAGUGAUUCUACAUGAAGAGCAGAGUAACGUUGUGUUGUUGCUGGAUACAAACAGUGGCGCCCUUCGACGGCUUUUGCUCUUACCAGAUACUCCAGAGAGUCCCAGGAAAACAUCUUGGUGGAGCAGCAAGGAGGAGACGAGCAGCUACAAAAUGUGCCGGGAGUUUUCGCACAAAAACUGGCUGGUGUUCUACAAAGAAGAAGGAAACCGCCUUAUUGUGUUAGAUGUACUGGAGGGUCAAACUCAUACUAUUUCCCUUCCAAUCAAUCUCAAAUCUGUUUUCCUAGUGGCUGAAGAUCGGUGGCUGUUGGUGGAAAACCAGACAAAUCGGAAAUUUCUUUUAACCAAGCGUGCCCAUAUGGAAAAGGAAGACAGUGAAGUUUGCCAGCUGUAUGCACUGAGUGAAGAACCUGCUGACAUGGGGUUUGGCUUAACAACAGCGUCAGAACUGUGUGUGCCGCACGCAGUUUCAAGUGACCAGCUAUCUUCAGAAAACCUCAGUGCAGCUGUGGGACAAAAGAUCAGCUCCCCCAACAGGAUUUUCUCAGAUGAACAUAAUUAUGCUACUAUUGUCAUUGGUUUCCCAGACCUCUUGUCUCCCAGUGAAGUGUACAGCUGGAAAAGAAACUCCUCUCUGAGUCGCAGACACACUUCUCCUUCUGAUUCAUUUUAUUACGGAGCCCGGAGGAAAACAGGAGCUGCAAAACAAACCAAUUGUGUAACUUUAUUGGCUUCUAAUCAAAUAGUCAGAAUUAUAGCACCUGGAAAUGUGCCUUUGAAAGACAUUUACCCAAAAGAUGUCACUCCUCCACAAGCUGCUGGAUACUUGGAAGUAACAGAUCUCAACUCAAAGAAAAUCAAAUACAUUGCUAUUCCUAGAUCAGAGUCUCUCUCUCCGUAUACAUCGUGGCUCUCCGAGAUCUCGGACACAGAUGCCCUCUUGGCACCCCUGGGCAAAGUGGGUCUGGUCAGUGUGGACAUGGGAGGUGGCGUGAGGCUUUGGGAGACCGGGCUCGAGAGCCUGCAGCGUUCCCUGCAGGAGUGGAGGAACAUGAUCGGCCAAGAGGAUGGCCGGCCCGUGCAGAUAACGGUUGAGAGGGACAGUGGUUUGGACGUCAGUUCUCCCAAGCAUGGAAAGGUCGAUCCAGAUAACGCGCCUCAUUUUGGUGGGAACACUUGGGCCGGUGGAACAGGUGGGAGAGACACUGCUGGCCUAGGUGGUAAGGGUGGGCCAUACCGAUUGGAUGCUGGCCACAAGGUUUACCAAGUAUCGCAGGCUGAAAAGGAUGCUGUUCCCGAAGAGGUUAAGAGAGCUGCACGGGAGAUGGGUGAAAAGGCCUUUAGACAAAGGUAA